CGCAGGGCGCAGGACGCACUUCGCCGCCAGCAGUCGCUUAUCUCCGGGUGGGACAGCUGAUGGCUCCGGGUCACACACACACCACCACCAUGUCUACACCAGGGCGGCCCAACACGGUCCGGCUGGUGUUCCUCGGUGCAGCGGGGGUCGGUAAGAGCGCGCUCAUCCUCCGGUUCCUCCACGACCGCUUCGAGCACAAGUACACGCGCACAGUGGAGGAGCUUCACGUGCUGGAGUACGACACCACGGGGUCCGGGAAGAUGCGUCUGGAGGUCUUGGACACCAGCGGUAGCUACUCCUUCCCAGCCAUGCGGGAGCUCAGCAUCCGGCACAGCGACGCGUUCGCCCUGGUGUACGCGGUGGACGACCCCGGCUCCCUGGAGGAGGUGCGGCGGCUCCGCGACGAGAUUCUGGAGCUGCGGGGCGACAAGAGCGCGCCCAUCACCGUGGUCGGCAACAAGGCGGACCUGAAGGACUCCGAGGGUCGCGUGCUGCUCGCGGCUGAUGUCAUGGCCACGGUGGAGGGCGAGUGGGACGCCAACUUCGUGGAGGCGUCCGCGCGCACCGGUGGGAACACGGUGGGAGUGUUUCAGGCGCUGCUGCAACAGGUGAACCUGCCGCACCUGAGCCCCACGGUGCGGAGGCGCAGAGACACGAUGCCCAGACCCGCAGGCAAGAAAAGACCACCGCUGAAGAAGCACAACAGCUGCGUCCUGUCGUAGGAACAUGUCCCUGGUUGACUCUGCAGCUGGACUGCUCGUGCUCAGGUGUUGCUGGUCAUCACAGUAUUUACCUGGUUUGUCCAGAGGUGGAAAGCUGGAAGGAAGUUCCCCCAUGAACUUCACGAACCUUUACAGUCUCUGAGGGUCUUUACAGUUGAAUGGAAACACUGAUAUGGAUGCACUUUAUAUGCUACGUUUUAAAGAUUCACUUUUGUGUACAUUUAUUUAUGAAUAAAAAUAUUUGUUGUGA